AUGUUUGACUGGGUUGGCAACAUAUCUGAAAACAUCAGCCACAUCUCUUCAGAAGCCUCUAAUGAAUUUUUUCAACAGUAUGCUCCUGGCCGGUUGUUCUCAUUCAGGCUCCCCAUGAUCUGCCAUACUUCUUUUCUCCCUGUUCCAAACACAAAGAGGAAAAUGCUCCAGAAGCAGCCUGAAGUACUACUGAGACUGGUGAUCAGAAUGCUGGGUGCCUGGAAAACCCCUUUGCAACAUCUAAUGACUGAAAUGAGUGCAAUGCAAGAAGCCCCUGAGGUUAUCAUAUCAAAAGUUAGAGAUAUUGAUGAAAAAUUACCCAGACUUCUAGAAGGCAUUAGGACUAUACUCAGCCAGGUUAAUCCUGCAGUCAACGAAACUGAGAACUACUCGCCCUGGCUAGGACUGAAGUCCUUGCAGGUGACUGAUGAAGACUCUCAUCUCUUUGCUAUUCAUAGCCUUUUAAAUUGCCUGCACAAUGAUGCUAAAAAGGUUACUGCAUGUAUCAAGGUCCUGAGAUGCUGA